AGAUAAUGAACGAGAACGGCUCAUUCGAGGAGAAGCGGCUGGUGUGCCACUCGAUACUGGAGCAGAAGGACAAGAAAUACAUAAAACUUGUCGCACACGUGACCAGGGGAUGCGAGUCGGGGCACGUGUGCCUGCGCUUCGCGCGGCGCGAGGCCGACGUGCUGGAGCUGCAGCAGGGCGCCGGCCUGUGGGACGCGCCGCAGGACGCCUGCGCCUCCGACGCGCCGCAGCCAUACGUCACGCUCAUCACAACUUCAUUGACACCGAUGCGGUGUCCCAUCAUCGGUCGCUACUCGGUCGUCAGUUCGCUGGCGGACAGCAGGAGGAGAAGACAACAAGACACCAUAGGUGAUAUGGAAAGUGGUGUCGGUCCGUCUGAGUGUGUGUCGGGGCAGUUCGACAGCGCGAGCAUCGGCUGCGGCGCCGCGCAGGACACCAUCGAGUUCAAGUCGGCCUGCGCCACCGCCGCGUACACAUGUCACGGUGGUUGGGUGGAGGGCUCGGUGGGAUUCGUGAUAGCGUCUCCCGUAUCGCGUGCCUCUUCGCACCCGCGCACCUUCUGCUUCAUGUACACACUGCACCCGCGAAACGAGAGCGGCGGCGGCGGCGGCACGCUGGCGCUGAGCGCGGUGGCGCACUCGUGCGAGCGGCGCCUGACGCCGGGCCGCGCCGGCGACAAGGCCUACAACCUCACAGCUAACGGUACAUGCGAGCAGAGCAGUAAGUACAACAGCGUGGCGCAGAGGCUCGCGCCCGCCGGCGCGCUGCUGCUGCUGCUGGCGGCCGCGCUGCUGGCCCCGCUGCCCCUGCCCCUGGCGCUGCCCCUGGCCCUGCCCCUCGCCCUGCCCCUCGGCCUCCGCCCGCCGCCGCGCCCCUCCCCCGCGCUCGCCCGCAGAUGAUACGUCGCCGCACGCUAGGAGGCGCCGCGACCACGCCCCGUGCUUAAUCCUGCAACCUUGCCCUUCGCAACAUUUUCUUAAGUCACCGUUUGAUUUGCGGCGUAUGUUCAGUAAUUGAUUUCCUAGUUUUGAUAAAUCUUACGGACACGUCUAUUUUAGUCGUUUAAUCGAUCGAUUUAUUUGACUUAAAUACAUUUUCAUAAAAGUUGGUCGAUAAUCGAUAUUGACGCACGCUGCGUAUGCUGUGAUUUCCGUUUCUGAACUUUAAACAUUCGAAAUGUCAACAUUUCGUAUCCAUUAGUUUAUUGAAGAAGAAAAUACUUUGUACCAACGGAAUAACUAAAAUAAAUUACUAAAGCAGGCUGAAUUUGGUAAUGUAUUUGCUUCCGCAAAAACGGCACACUUUAUGACGUAGAAAUGACAGACAUUCGCACGCAUUCUAUUAUGAUAGUUUUUUUUUUUGUUAACAUUACUUUUAACGAAUCUUUGUAAUACUUUACAAAGUUUUAAGUGUUUUUAUGAAAAAUAGCAAGUGUUACUAAGUAUAUGUAAUAUGACUACAACGAAGUCGAUUUCCAUUUGCAAAGCGUUUGCCGUUUUAGCUCGUUUCGGUGUAAUAAAAAACAAUGGUUGUAUCGCCAUCUUGGAGAUCAAACAAUCUUAAGAUCUUCGUGACUGUUGCCUUAGUCGUUACUUACAACAUCCACGGAAAGAGACAAAGUAAUGGAAUCUCUCACGCACAAUACGCACAUAACUCAGGCAGUUGUUAUACCGGAAUACAAAAUUAACAGUUCUUUUAAAAAAAAACUAAAUGUCAUUCAUUCUAAUAAAUUUUAUAUGAAUCUAUUACACAUUGGUUCAUCAUACAGUGCACAGUAAAUCGUAAGUGUGGUUAAUAAUUUCCGUCUUAUGUUUUUCUUUAUGAGCAGUAAGUAAUCCAUUGGUAGCUUUUUUGUUCCUUUUAAAAACUUUGCUCUUUGUACUUGGUAACACUGAUGCUAUUAUAUUCUGACAAACGAAUAUAAUAUUAAUUAUGUCUUGUUUAACUGAUAUAUUCAUUGAUUGUUAAAGAAUUGCCAUAUAAUAUAGAAUUACCAUAUAUGGUAAACCAGUUCUUUUGUUGCUUUUAUUAAUUGUGUAAUUUGUUUUAGAUAUAUUAUUAGCACGUAAAACACUGAUAAAGUCUACGCAAAUGUAUAAGCAUAUUUAAUUAAAACAUUAGUGUUGCUUUCAUUGUGAUACGGCAUUAGUACAUUUUCGUGUUUUUUUUUUAAUUUUUUUUUAUUCAUCCAGUGAUUAUUCAAAAACCCGUCGCGGCCAUCAUUGAAUGAUGCUUUCGUUUUUUGUUUGUGAUGUUGGCAGCUUUUAGCUUUUCUUUACAUGUUUUAGAUUACGAAUGUAAGUAAUUUUAAUAUUUAUUACCUACCUACUUAGUAUGAGUUUUAGUAAUGUACUUAUCUUUUGUGGGACAUUUACGAAAUGAUUUGUAAAAUAAAAUUAACAACCCAUAACCAUCGCGUACCACAAAGGAGAUUACGUUACACUAAUUUAACUAUACGUAAUAUUAUUUUUAGGUUAGUCGGGAACUAAACAAUGUUAAAGAGAAACGAAGCAACGUGAUCAUAUUGUAAAUAUAAAAAGAUGGUAUAAAGUUGGUGAAGGAGAAAAAUAUUCGAUUUUUAAAAAUGUUACUUAUGUAAUUUUAAUUGUAUUGAAUUUUCUUUCAUAGACACUAUCCGGCGUAGUCUAUGACAGGAUUCGAGAAAAGUAAACAAAACAGAGACGAUUGUUUCAACUAGUUUCUGCGACUACGUCUACCUGUACAAUAUAUCUAUAAAUACACAUGAUAUUAUUUAUAGAAAAAAACGCUUUCAGGUAUACAUUUGUACUGUAUGCUAAAUAUUAUACAGUUUAAAAAUUAAGUCUAAAUUAAAUAGAUAGACAUAAAUGUAGAAAAAAAAUAUUAUGCUCAGCAUUUUUCUUUUUGAAUACGUCCAUGUUCUUUUGAUUUCUAUAACAUUUUAAAUCGAUACGUGCACUCGAAACGUGAUUUGAAAUAGAUAAAAGACUAAUUUCAAAUUACGUUUUCGCUUACCAUGCUAAUGUCUUAAAGGGAUUUCUAAAGCUGAAAUGUGAUAACGUUCAUCUAAAAUUGUCUGCUAUUAUUUAAAUAGUUUUUGUGUAGUGCAUUACUUUCUUUUCAUCCUUCUCUCGCUUUAAAGUCAUAACGCUAUCGUUCGUAAAAUCUUGACCAAUAGUAGGUUUAAAAGUAUAAUUGCUCAUACGAAAAAAAAUAGUUUGAAAUUUUAUUUGUGAUAUAAACCUUACCUAAUAAGAUUAAAAUAAAUCAUGUACAUAGUCACUAGACUCAAGUUCCUGACACGACACACUUUAAUUUUCCUAAUUUGAUUUUGUGAUACUCAGACAGCAAUCAAUUUAUUGAAAAUAUAGUUUAUAAGUAUUUGUGAAUUGAGAUUGAGAUGUCAAUGCUUGCCUACAGUGAACCUAUUAUUUAAAAGAAAAAGUUUAAAAUUGUAGCCCAAAAAGACUAUUGUAAAUAUAACUAGCUAAUAAUUUAUAUACAAUCAUAUUUUAUAAGUAUAACGUGUUUUUAAUAAAAAAAUACAGGACGAAAGUAUUAAUUUAAAAAAAAAUAACCGAAGAUAAUAAAUAGCGAUAGAUAAAUAAUUGAAUGAAGAAUAUAUUAAAAAUAUACUUUUGUUUCUUUUUUUUAAUUUCACCACACAAAAAUGUUGUUUGCACUUGAAGUUUGGGACGAGUAUUUUCACGAUGUAGCUGUUAAGGCCGCUUUUGUUUCCCUUUUUAUAAUAAAUAAGCGAAGUUUCACAAUGUGAAUAAAGUGCACUGACAAUUUAUGUAAAAAAACUAUGAUACUCUAUGGAAAUUGUAAUUUAUGGGCAUGUAAAUAUUUUCUUUUUUAUUUUCAGCUAUUUACUAUGGAUGUUUAAAUUUUGUGAUAUCAAUUUUCUUUCGGGCUUCAUAUUAAGCAUUUGUAUAGCAUUUAAGAAAUCUAAGGGGUUUUGGAUAAUUUUGCUUCUUUCUUUUUUCGUGGAACAAUUGGUCACGCCAUGAGAUACGAUUUGUAACUAUUAAUGUGUAAGCCUAUUAUUAUAUUUUGAUUACUGAAAUAUAUUUGAAAAUCA